AUGGACACUCGAACAGAAAAAAGCCGCAUGAAAAUCGACUCAUUGCUGAACCCCGGCGGCAUCGAUUACAGUAUCGGUAACGCACAUUCAGACUCCCAGGUAUCCUCAAACCAGUACUCCUACGGGAAGCAUCAGAUCUACUAUAACACCAGCCCUAGGCCAGUGUCUAUUGACAAUAAAUGGACUGGCUUUCACAGUGCAAGUGGUAGCCAGCAACAGUGUCAAGACGGUCCGAGGCAGUCGCAUCACCCCACAUCCAUGGGAUCAUCACCAAAGCCGUACCGUUUUGUCCAGGACUCUGGUAAUAACGGUACCGACCCACGCCAUGUUCCAGGGUGCAAUUACAAUAACGAGGAGAUGCACUUCGUCUGGUAUCACUACAUUGAUCUGUCCCAGGACUGGGAAACGGUCCUGGAGGGUUUCAACCGCCAAUUCCCUUACCGCCAGCGCCUCGGAACCCAGGGCAUGAAGCACAAGUUCUAUCGCUUCAUUAAGGAUAAGGGUGCCAAACGCGUCAAGAGGGGCCCGAAGAGCUUUAUGAAGUGGAUUCAACUCUCAUAUCCAUGGAUGCGCGAGGAUCACAAAACGGCGAUAGCUCUACAGAAGCACCCGUAG